AUGAAUAAUGACAUACGAAUCCAGAUAAAUAACUAUGAUACUUAUCAGACUUCACCUCAAGAAAUAGACAACUUGUAUCAAGAAGCGUUACAAGUUCCAAUUAUAAGGAUUUAUGGAGCGUUGGUUCUUAAACAUAAUAAUGAGAAGAAAUGCUUUAAUACUUUAAUUCAUGUACAUAACUAUUUCCCUUACCUUUAUUUAACCUGUGAUUAUAGUUUUGUUAAAUCCCAACUGAAUCAUUUAACUCAUGUAACCAAUUAUUUGGAAUCAUUCAUACAUACCCUUAUAACGAAGAAUAAUCAACCGUUGGGGCAAAAACGUAAUUAUAUUGCUGGUAUUACAUUAUGUAAAGGUAUACCCAUUUAUGGAUAUAGAGUGGGAUAUCAAUUAUUUUAUAAAAUUAACUUCUUAUCACCAAAUUAUAAAUCCAGAUUUACUAAUUCGAUUGAUAAACUUUCAAUGGAGAAUUUUUCAAAAUCAAAUAAUUUCAGAUUUCAAGUGUUUGAAAGUCAUAUUCCAUUUACUUCACAAUUCUUACAAGAUUUUAACCUAUAUGCCUGUGAUUGGAUUAAUCUUUCUCAUUGCUAUUUUAGAUUACCUAUUAUUCAAAAUCUAAAUGAUCCUGAACUUCUAAAAAAUUACUUGUCUUCAUACAUCAAGAAUAAUCUUGUAAACUAUUCUCGUAUAGGUCAUUCGACAUUGGAGAUUGAUAUUAAGACUAGUUAUAUCACCAAUGCUGAUUUGGUGUCACAAAAACUUAUCCAUCAUGAUUUCAAUAUAUUUGCUGACGAAACUAUCAAUUUAUCAUCAUUAACUUCAAUUUUAAAAGAUUUGGAUUUCCAGUCAAAUCUUAAUGAUUUGAAUUUCAAGUUUUCUGAUGAUUUCAGUAAUUUGAUUCAAGGUUCUUCCAUCUGGUCAAAUACCUUGGAUUUGAAUAAAUUGUUAUCGUAUGCUGUGACAUUAACGAAGUCUUAUAAUCAAGAUUUAUCAACUUAUAAAUCCAGAAUCAUUGAACCUAUUAAUAAAGAUUAUGAACAUUAUCCCACAAUAUUCGAAACUGUAGCUAUUGAAAAACGAGAGACUUCCAAAGUGGUAUUUGACUUGGUAAUACCUAAUCAAAUAUGGUCACAAACCUCACAAACUCUGAUAAGUCCCGUGGAAACUUUUGAUUUCGAACUUGAAGAUGGAGGUGGAACUCACCAUUUAGAAGAGAAAGACGAAUUUGAAAUUUUUGAUUCGGAUUCUGACAAAGAAUAUGUUAAGGAUUUCGACGAACAAAUUAAAGACAAGGAUGAAGACGGGCCCUUGGCCAUGGGCUCGGAUGAUCCUGCUUCUUCUCAACUACAAAAUUAUGAUGAAGAGUAUUCUAAAAUUGACGAUAGUCAAAUCUUCACUCAGUAUCACAAACCUGUUGCUACUCUAGUAGACAAUUCAUUUUCUAAAGAUAACAUUAUCAAAGAUUUGGAGAAUAAUAAGAUCAUUAAGAUCAAUUAUCCUGACCCUUAUUAUGAUAGAGAGCAAGACAUAACAAAACCGUUGAUUUUUGCCAAUAAGAGAAUCAAGGUUCCUUUCAAACAAGAUAUACCGUAUUUGACUAUUGGAGGAGUUGCUGUAUCUAAGAAUCUUCGAGAUACUUUACCACCUACCACUGAAUUCAGAGAUGUGGAAUACCAUUCACCUCCUUCAAAGCAAUCGGUUAUUGAUUCUUAUCAUGCUGAGAUAUCUGACCAACAGAAAUAUCAAAAGUUCAAAUCCCAACUUGAUUCCAUGACUUCCAAUUAUAAGAUCUCUAUCAAUGAUAAGAUAGAUCGGUCACCCAAUGACUUUGUUUACUUGACAAAUUUCAUCAUGGAACUUCAUAUCAAUACAACAACCAAUAAAUUACCAGAUCCAAGUAAGAAUGAAAUAUCAAUCAUCUUCUUCAAAUUUGAUGAUUCUAAUGGUUCUUUUCCUCAUGAUAAAAAGUCAGGUUACAUUGUAAAUAAACUGCAUUUUAAUCAUGGGUUUAUGGGGAAUCAUAGUGGUAUAUUGGUGGAUGAUGAAUUGGGGAUGAUGAAAGAAUUGAUCAAAAUCGUUAGAAAGUUUGAUCCUGAUAUUCUUUCAGGUUUCGAAAUCAAUUCCCAUUCUUGGGGAUACUUGAUUGCUAGAUCAAGAGAAUUGGGUAAUGAUGUAACGCCUGAAUUAAGUAAAACUUCCCACAAAAAUAAUGGUAAAAUUGGUGAUAGAUGGGGAUACACUCAUACCUCAGUAAUAACCAUUGUAGGAAGAUACACAUUGAAUAUCUGGAGAGUGUUGAGAAGAGAAUUAACAUUGAAUAAUUAUAGUUUUGAAAAUUGUUGUUAUCAUGUUUUACAUUCAACUUUCCCCAAAAUACUGAACCUUCAACUAACUCAAUUCCUUAAGUCUCCCAAAUUUCAAAACUUCUUGGUGGGUAUCAAUUAUUAUCUUAAGAAAGUUGCUAUCAUCGACUAUUUCAUCAAUUCCCAAGAGCUUAUCACCAAAAAUACUGAAUCUUCAAGAUUAAUAGGGAUCGAUUUCAAUUCUAAUUUUUAUAGAGGUUCACAAUUCAAAGUCGAAUCCAUUCUAUUAAGGUUUGCUAAACUGGAAAACAUUCUUCUUAAUUCCCCUACCAAAUUACAGGUUCAUAAGAUGAGAGCCUUGGAACAAAUUCCAUUAAUCAUGGAACCCGAAUCGAAUUUUUACAAAUCUCCAUUACUUGUGCUUGAUUUUCAAAGUUUAUAUCCUUCAAUCAUGAUUGCUUAUAAUUAUUGUUAUUCUACCAUACUUUGUAAAUUACAUGGAUUUGAUCCUAAGAAGAAUAACAUAGGUUAUUUGAAUCAUGUUCCUUUACAUCCCUUUUUGAUUGAUGUUUUAAACAAACAAAAUUGUUUGAACAUAUCACCUAAUGGUUAUGUCUUUGUGAAUCAAAAAUUCAGAAAAUCUGUAUUAUCCAAAAUGUUAUCAGAAAUUUUAACUAUGAGGAUCAAUAUCAAAAGGUUCUUGAACACUUUCAAGAAAGAGGAUUAUCCUCAAUUAUAUAAAGUGUUUAAUUCUCGUCAGAUGGCACUUAAAUUGAUUGCCAAUGUUACUUAUGGGUACGCUUCAGCCACUUAUAGUGGUAGAAUGCCCAAUAGUGAUAUAGCAGAUGCCAUUGUUUCUACAGGAAGAGAAAUCUUGAGUCAAUCAAUUGAUAUGAUUGAACAAAGUGGGUUUGGAGCUAAAGUGGUUUAUGGUGAUACUGAUUCUUUAUUUGUGUAUCUUCCAGGUAAAUCACUACCUGAUGCAUUUGAGAUAGGUGAAAUCUUAGCCAAAACCAUAUCGGAGAAAUUCCCUGAUCCCAUCAAAUUGAAAUUCGAAAAAGUUUAUCAUCCAUGUGUGUUAUUGAGUAAAAAAAGAUAUGUUGGAUAUAGUUAUGAAUAUCUAGGCCAACCAGUCAAGUUUGAUGCUAAGGGGAUCGAAACUAUUAGGAGAGAUGGUAUACCGGCACAACAAAAGAUCUUAGAGAAAUCUCUAAGAAUAUUAUUCGAUAGUAGUAAUUUGUCCGAAGUAAAGAAAUAUGUUCAAGAUCAAUUCAGGAAAAUCUUGGACAAUAAAAUUCUAAUUAGUGAUUUUUGUUUUGCUAAAGAAGUUAGAUAUGGAACUUAUAAGAAUGAGAAAUAUUUACCACCAGGAGCUAUAGUUGCCCGAAAGAAGAUUGAACAAGAUGCUAUGAAUGAACCUCAAUAUCGUGAAAGAGUUCCUUAUGUUGUAAUAAGGGAUCCUACCAAACAUAGAUUAAAAGAUCGAUGUAUUUCCCCUGAAGAAUUCAUUGAAAAUACCAACUUCAAAUUGGAUUAUGAAUAUUACAUUACCAAGGUAUUGAUACCUCCAUUAGAGAGAAUUUUUAAUCUUAUGGGUUGUGAUAUCCAACAAUGGUACAGUGAAAUUCCUAAGAUUCUGUAUGAAGAUGAAGUCAGAGUAUUCAUGAAAUCAAAUUGUUUGAAUUGUGGAGAUGCCAGUUUGACUCCUAUCUGUUCCAAGUGUAAUGAUGACAAAUAUCAAACCAUUCUAACUAACCAAUUGAAAGUUAAAUCUGUUCAAGAUAAGCUUAAUGAUAGUACCAAGAUUUGUAAUAAUUGUAUUCAACGAAACCUUCAAGUUUCCAAAAACAUUUCGAAUUUUUGUAUCAAUCAGGAUUGUACAAAUUACUAUCAUAAGUUUAAGCUAGUAAAUGAACUCAAGCAAGUAGAAUCUAAGACCAAAAACGUUCUCGAUGCAUUGUAA